AGACCUUGCUUUGUAUACACAGAAUCUGAUCCAGAACUACAGAACAUGAUCCAGAACUACAGAGCCUGCUUUAUAUACACAGAACCUGGUCCAGACUUCCAUAGCUUGCUUUGUAUAUACAGAACCUGAUUCAGAACUGCAGAGCCUGUUGUAUAUACACCGAACCUGACCCAGAACUACAGGGCCAUAAAAAACAGAACUUGACCCAGAAAUGUCAACCUGGACCCAAGACUCAGAACCUGAUUCUGAAAAUCAUUAAACUUAAACUGAGACUUUGUGUAGAUCCUCAGAACCUGAACUAGGAACUCCUACAUGAUCCAUACAGGUGGAACAUGAUCCAGAAUCUCAGGCUUUUCUCAGACACUGAGCACUUAUUUCAGAAACUCCAACCUGGUCCAGAAAAGCAGAAUUUGAUCCACACACUCAUAACUUUAUCCAAAAAUAUAGACUAGUCCUUACAUUUAAAAUAUUUUCCAGACACCCAGAACCUGAUCCAGAAAUGCAUAUCUGGAUAAGAUACUCAGGUCCUUAUCCAAAGACUUAAUCCAUAGCUUCUGCACCAGAAAUUCACCCAUCAUUCCUUCAGAAUAUGAUCUAGAAAAUUGAACCUGGUCUAGAUCCUCAGAAACAUAUCCAGAAUCUCAACCAUCAGUCCUUGAUUCAGAAACUAAUACCUAGACUAGACAAUCAGAACCUGAUAGAACACAGUACGUGAAUUCAGUGCUAGAAACCAUCAUCCUUGUAUAAGAAUCUGAUAUGAGAUCUCAGAACCAGGAACCCAGUUCUUCAUACUAGAACACAUAAGUGUAUGGAGAAACUUUGAAUCCGUAAAUAGAAGCUUGCUGCAGAGAGAGAACCGGUAAGCUGAAGAGUAAAAAUGAAUGCCAAACCUCUGGAGCAGUGACUAGUGUGCUCCAUCAAACAUCUCAACCCGUACCUAGAUCAGUGUUAAAGCUUACCCUGGCAUGGGUCCAUCUCUUUCACCAGUGCUUUUGGCCUCCUUAAUUGGAUUCUUAAAGCCUGCCCUACCGCUUAUCCUUGGCCUUUCCUUAGGCUGCAGUCUUAGCCUCCUGCGAGUUUCAUGGAUCCAAGGAGAAGAAGAUAUGUGUACUGGGAGGCACCAGGCUUUUCAGAUGCCACAGGCUGGGGAAGUGAACCCAUUGAUAAAUGAGAUAAAACCCAGAAUUAUUCCUUACAGUCGGAAUCCUCACACGUCUCAUAGGAAGGUACUCAGGACUCGGUACAUCCAGUCAGAACUUGGCUUCAGAGAGCGUCUGUCAGUUCUGGUCUUAUCAUCUCGUCCUACACUGAGCACACUGGCUGUAGCUAUAAACCGAACGCUGUCCCCCCAUGUCAGCCGCUUGAUGUUUUUCACAGGAGCCCGUGGCCCCAAGCUUCCGCAUGGGAUGGAAAUAGUGUCUCACGGGGAUGAACGGCCAGCAUGGCUAAUGUACCACACUCUUCGCUACAUAGAAGUACAUUUAUUGUCUACUUAUGAUUGGUUCUAUGUGACUCAAGAUGACUCAUUCAUUAAUGGAUAUCGUCUAAAGGAGAUGACCAUCCAUCUUAGUCCUGGUCCUCCCCUGUAUGUUGGUCAGCCGAUGGAGUUCAUUGGUGGGCAGGACGACUGGAGAUAUUGUAGUGGUGCUUCAGGAUUCUUGUUGUCUCGGGCACUGCUCCUCCGCCUAGGGCCACAUUUAGAUUUUUGUCGUUCUGAAAUCCUUAGCUCACGGGCAGAUGAAUGGCUGGGUCGCUGUCUUCAGGACACACUUGGAGUGGCAUGUGUGGGACAGUAUCAGGGUUUGCACUAUGUAUCAUUAAAGUUACCACGGAACAUGGAUGUGAAGAGAAUAGAUGGAACCGUGCUAAGCGGCACGCUCUCUGUGCACCCUGUCCGAGACGCCGCAAUCAUGUACAGACUGCAGCGUAAACUCAGUGAGAUUCUCCUCCGUAGAACAUAUCGCCAGAUCCGGCGUUUACAGAAUGAAACCCUGAACCUUUCAUCUUUGACCCCAGAACCAGAAGCCAGUGUUUCUUGGCCAGUUGGUGUCAGCCCCCCUUUCAGUCCCACAUCACGCUUUGACUUGCUAACUUGGGAGUAUUUCACAGAAACACAUUCUUUCUCCUGCCCCGAUGGGAGCCCCAAGUGUCCAUUACAGGGAGUAUGGUUGAGGGAAGUACAGCAGGUCCUUGAGGAGGCUUUAGAGCAGCUAAAUCUUCGUUAUCAGCCUUGGCUACACUUCCGGCUGCAGCGAUUACUUAAUGGAUACAGACGCUUUGACCCUACACGUGGCAUGGAAUACACUCUUGACCUCUUAUUGGAGGCUGUCACAGAGAAUGGACAUAUAGGGGCACUGACCAAACGGUUCAGUCUUCUGCGGCCUUUGAGCCACGUGGAAAUACUUCCCAUGCCAUAUGUGACUGAAGCCACACGUGUACAGUUAGUGCUACCCCUGAUGGCUACAGAUGCUGGACAUGUUGCUGGAUUUCUAGAUGCUUUUGCUACCAACUUGCUUGACCCACAGGAGAAUGUGGCUCUCACUGUGCUGCUGGUGUAUGACGUGCACUUUACAGGACAGGAUAAGGAUGUCUUUGAAGAGAUUAAUGGUAUGAUAUCAGAGUUGGAGAAGAGGUAUUCAUUCCUGCGGGUGGAAAUAAUGAGUGUCAACACUGAAAUGCCUUCCCAGGUUCAACUCAUGGAUGUAGCUUCCAAGAAGCACCCUGUGGACACUCUCUUUUUCCUUGUUGGUGUUUGGAGUGAUGUAACUAGUGAUGCUCUCAAUCGAUGCCGAAUGAAUGCCAUUAGUGCCUGGCAAGUUUUCUCUCCUGUGCACUUUCAGGAAUACAGUCCAGAUGUGUUACGUCAAAGCUUUCAUGCUCAGUCUUCUGCAGACCUUCUAAGGGAUGGACAUUUUGACCGUCUUUCUUCCUCAGAGUUCUGCUUCUAUAAUUCAGACUUCAUGAUGGCACAUGGGAAGAUGGUUCUAGAGAUGGGGGACCAAGAAGAAGAAGAUGGAGAGGGAGGGGAUAUGGAAAUAUUGGAUUUGUUCCUCCGACACUCGGAGCUACAUGUUUUUCGAGCUCUAGAGCCGGCACUGGUCCAAAGAUUCUCAGUACGACAGUGUGGUGCACAUCUGUCUGGAGAUGGAUAUCAUCGCUGUGUAAUCAGCAACCUGGAAGCUCUGGGUUCCCGAAUACACCUUGCUAUGGCUCUGUACGAACAGGACCAGACCAACAUAGAAAGAGGACCCAUGCACUCCAAGCAUCUUCAAAUGUAUUCAUUGGGACAAGGCAUUGUGGACACUCUCUUUUUCCUUGUUGGUGUUUGGAGUGAUGUAACUAGUGAUGCUCUCAAUCGAUGCCGAAUGAAUGCCAUUAGUGCCUGGCAAGUUUUCUCUCCUGUGCACUUUCAGGAAUACAGUCCAGAUGUGUUACGUCAAAGCUUUCAUGCUCAGUCUUCUGCAGACCUUCUAAGGGAUGGACAUUUUGACCGUCUUUCUUCCUCAGAGUUCUGCUUCUAUAAUUCAGACUUCAUGAUGGCACAUGGGAAGAUGGUUCUAGAGAUGGGGGACCAAGAAGAAGAAGAUGGAGAGGGAGGGGAUAUGGAAAUAUUGGAUUUGUUCCUCCGACACUCGGAGCUACAUGUUUUUCGAGCUCUAGAGCCGGCACUGGUCCAAAGAUUCUCAGUACGACAGUGUGGUGCACAUCUGUCUGGAGAUGGAUAUCAUCGCUGUGUAAUCAGCAACCUGGAAGCUCUGGGUUCCCGAAUACACCUUGCUAUGGCUCUGUACGAACAGGACCAGACCAACAGUACCUAGAAGGUUACGAAAAAUGUAGACAUAUUCUGUUACAUAUCCUGAAGGCUGUUCACUAAUGCAAAUAAAUUAGGACUGACCAUUCUCUGUAAAGUUA